ACCCACCAUUUUCCCACAAACAUGAAAUUCCCAUUUCCCUUCAAAUCCAGCGAAAUAACCACCACCGCCGCCGCGUCGUCGUGGUCGUGGCCCAGCUGCGCCACCUCCCCGAGAACACGCUCCUUCCGCGCCCCUGAUCCACACCAACACGAAGCCUCAAAUCGAGAAUCCGCCGUGGCCAGCGCGCUGAGAUCGGAGCGCCUCUUCUUCGAGGCCGGCGCGACGAGUUCCGCGCUGGCGGAGGCAGAAUCAGGCGGCGGAGGUAGAGAAUCAGGCUCGGUGUUGGUGGUGGCGGUGAAUUCGAGGGAUCCGUUUCUGGAUUUUAGGGCUUCGAUGGCGGAGAUGGUGGAGGGCGGCGGGGAGAGGGAUUGGGGGUUUUUGGAGGCGCUGCUGGAGUGGUAUCUCAGAGUGAACGAUGAGAGCAACCAUGGAUACAUAGUUGAUGCCUUUGUGGAUUUGGUGAUGGAUGAAUACAGCUCCUCUUCUGCUUCUUCAAUUGCUACCGAUUCGUUUUCUUCGUCUUCUUCUUCUGUUUGAGGAGUGAGUUUUCUAGAGACAAAAAAAUGUCAAUGUAAUUAACGAUGUGUUUGCGUUUAAUAUUAAUGAUUAAUGAUUAAUGCAGUUGAAUAAGAAAA